UGUGUGCCAGGCGCUAGGACCCUGCAGGCGCGGCCCGGUCCAGGAGCGGAAGUGAAGAGGCGGGCAGGCCGGGCUGGAGAGGCAGGGGCCCCGGGGUCAGGUACGCGGAGACACCGCUGAAGGGGGUCCGAGAGCAGGGAUGGCCUGUACGAUGCAGAAGAUCUUGGGAGAUGCCCGCACUCUGCUGGAGAGGCUGAAAGAGCACGACGUGGCAGCAGAGUCUCUGGUCGAGCAGUCUGGAGCCCUGAACCAGCGCGUGGAGGGCAUGAGGGAGGUGGGCAUGGCCCUGCCAGACAAGUACAAGGAAGAUUGCCCAGAACUGAAGGACCUGUCCAAAUACAAACCCCACAUUCUGCUGACGCAGGAAAACACCCAGAUCAAGGAGCUGCAGCAAGAGAACAGGGAGCUGUGGCUGUCCCUGGAGGAGCACCAGUACGCUCUGGAGCUGAUCAUGGGGAAGUACCGCAAGCAGAUGCUGCUCUUCAUGACGGCCAAGAAAAAGAUGGACACCAAGCCAGUGCUCAGCCUCCACCAGGAGCACUCCAAGGAGGUGCAGGUCCAGGUUGAUCGGGUCUGUGAGAUGGGAGAGAUGAUGAGGAAAGCGGUCCAUGUGGACGACCAGCACUUCUGCAGCGUCCAGGAGAGACUGGCACAGCUUGAGCUUGAGAACAAAGGUCUGCGUGAACUCCUGUCAAUCAGCAGAGGGCCUGUGAAGCAGCAACGACAGCAGAAGAGCGAGCCGUCUGAAAACACAACAAAAUAGCACCACCUUGUGGCCAAAGCGCUGUGGUGCACUGCGAGCAAAACCACCUCACUGCCAGCCUUCUGCCCCUCUCUACACUCCCAGCAGCAGCAGCAGUUAGACUGUCAGUAAAGGGGCUGGACAGGAAGGCUAGACUCCUCGAGCCUUCUGACACAAUGAACGAGGCGAAAUCGUUGUCAAGAUGUGGAAAAUCAUUACCUUUUUUAUGCAUAACCACAUUUCAUCCUUUUUUAAAAUUAUUUUUUUUUGCCAUUCAGUGUUGGCUUUUACUCUUUGCUGCGGUCCUUUUAAAAAAAAAAAAAAAACCCUCGACCAGCUGGCUGGGGAAAGCAAGCAUGUUUUAUGUCUGUCUUCUGUGUGCACGGGACAGCAGUACAGAAAUCCACCCAGACUGUCAAAGCACCGGCUCACACAGCUGGCACUGGGCAUUCCAGUCCAGUCUUCAAAGCAGUUCAGGGAUGGCAGUAAGACUCCUGUUGCAUAGCGGUUUUACCCAUUCCAGGUUGUGCUAUCAUCUUGAUCAGCCACAGCGGGCAGGCAACAAGCUCAGGUGUGUCUUAUUAAACUCGCAGUGAAACUGGACCUGAUCAGACUGCUAUGCGUCCCUGCUUGGAAAUAUCCGCUCGCUGAAGUGUGUUUGUCAUCCUCUGUUGUAAACACGGCAGCCUGCUCAGUAAUCUCUUCACCUGAGAAACGACUUCAUUGGGGUUUUGACAGACCAGGUUAAGGUUCGCAAGGACUUUGGUGGGGGGG